ACAGUUGUACAACGAUCUGUUCCAAAGAUAUCUGCGUGUAUUCUGAUGUCUGUUCAAUUAUAGCCAAUAGCAUGCACCGAAUUCAAGCCAGGCGAUUUCUACAGGAAUUGUUCCUUGAUAUACCGUUCACUGAGCUAUAUGAAGACGCCAUCACCUUGCUAUCAACUAACGGUGAUAACGGUGGCCUAGACGAGUACCAGGACAAUCAGCUGACGUCAGCUGGCGGCGGAGGCGGUGAUCAGCUGAUGCAGAAUCAGCUGGCGUCGGCCCAAUCAGCAGCUGAUGGAGGAGGAGGGGGAGACAGCUGUGAUGCCAACAGCAGUAGCGGUUAUCGGGUGGUGGGGGGAUUGAAAGCCGGAGCCAAAUCUGCAUUCAAUGACGAGCAGAGGAGUAAUCCACUGUUGGAGGUAAUUCCAGAACACGACGCCAGGAGUGAUGGUUCGUCUCGCGCUGAUAGUCUGAGUCAAUCGAUGUUGAAUCUGAGUGACUUUUCGGCGCCCAAUUCGUUUGAUGCCAACGAUGGAGUGGCUUGUCUGCUCAGCACAAGCCUAGAUACCACUGCCUACAAUCAACCCACUACGACAUCACCACCACUAGUACUGCGUCCACGUCUACACUCGACCUCUUCCGCUGCCUCUUCCUCUCCAAUGGUGUUGCUCUCUCACUCCAACUCGUUGCCUUCCUACAAGAGUGGAUCAAGGCCUUCCUUCAAGACUGGAUUAAGAUCUUCCAGCCAAUCUCCAAGCGCCGAAAAGGCUAAACAAAUGAUAGAGAUGUCUUCUAGUAAGAUCAGUGUACUGCAAGAAGCUCUGAAGAAAACUGGUGGUUCGUCUUCGUCUUUGACGGCUGCAUCCAAUCAGAGAGCCGGGUUUGGGGUGGGCGUGGCAGAGGUGACCAAUGAGAAGAGAGGAGCUGGUAAGGUUGGGUUAGAGGUGACCAAUGAGAGGAGAGGAGCUGAGGAUAGUGGUGAAAAGGCGACCAAUCACGAGAGAGGACUUGAAAGGAGUGGUUUAGAGGUGACCAAUGAGAAGAAAGGAGCUGAUAAGGUUGGGUUAGAGGUAUCCAAUGAGAGGAGAGGAACUAAUGAUGGUGGUGAAAAGACAACCAAUCAGGAGAGAGGAUUUGGAAGGAGUGAUUUAGUGGCAACCAAUGAGAAGGAAGGAUUGAAGGGUGUUGAUUUAGUGACGACCAAUGAGAAAGAAGCAUCAAAGAUCGUUGGGUUUGAAUCGACCAAUAAGAUGGAAGGAUUGAAGAGUAAAGAAUCAGUAGGAAAAAUUGAGAAAGAUGGUUCGAAAGUCGUUGAUAUGGAGAAAGUUGUUGAUAUAGAGAAAGUUUCAAAAGUUGUUGAUAUAGAGGAGACCGGUAAGAAGAAAGUUUUAGAAACUGUUGAUGUAUUACAAGUUGAUCAAAACAAAAUCUCUAAAGAUUAUGAUUUAGAAGUAAGCAGCACGAAAAAAGGUUUAGAUGUUGUUGAUUUAGAAGCUACUGAGAGGGAAAAAUUAGAAGUAGUAUCAGUUGAUCCAGAGAAAGUUUCCAAAAUUGUUGAAAGCAAAAGAGGCUUAGACAGUGUGAGUUUAUUAGAAGAUACCAAAGAGUCUAAAGUUGUUGGUUUGAAAUCACCUGUAGAAUCUAAGGAAGAAUCUAAAAAUAAGGAUUUGAAAUCUGUUGAGCUGAAGGUAGGAUCUAAAGUUGGGGAGGAAAUUGAUUCAAGUUCAAAUCUUACAAAAGUUGAUCCAAGUUUGAAUCUUUCAAAAGUUGACCAAAGUUUAAAACUUACAAAGGGUGAUCCAAGUUUGAAUCUUACAAAGGUUGAUCCAAGUUUAAAUCUUUCAAAAGUUGACCCAAGUUUAAAACUUACAAAGGGUGAUCCAAGUUUGAAACUUACAAAGGUUGAUCCAAGUUUGAAACUUACAAAGGUUGAUCCAUGUUUGAAACUUACAAAGGUUGAUCCAAGUUUAAAUCUUACAAAGGUUGAUCCAAGUUUAAAACUUACAAAGGUUGAUCCAAGUUUAAAUCUUACAAAGGUUGAUCCAAGUUUAAAACUCUCAACGGUUGAUCCAAGUUUAUCUAGUCUACUCAAACCAGACGAUUCGACCUUGUCUAGUUUGAAGUCUGAUGAAUUUCCAAAACUUGAUCUUAGUUUAUCUAAUCCAGAGUCCUAUCAAUCUAAACAAAGUCAAAAGGUUGAUCUAGGAUUAUCGAAACUAGGGUUAGAGGUUGAUUCAGUUGCAUCUGUUGUUAGUUAUGAAGAAACUGUCACUAAAACUCAGUUUAAAUUCUCUGAAAACUUAGUUUCCACUGGAGAAUCAUUUGAAUCUCAGAUUAAAUCUAGGAUCAAAACUGAUAUUGAUUCUGCUGUAAACUUUGGAAAUGUUGUGAGUGACUCACCAGGUUCGGAUCAAGAGUCUUCUAAAACUCUGAAAGAAAUUUCCUCGACUAAAAAUGUUGAUAAUCUACAUCGGUUGUCUUCAAUAGAGAAGGCAUCAUUGAAAUCAUCGUGUUCCUCGACGUCAAAAAGUGUAGGAGAAGCCUCAAAACAGCAGAAAUCUUUGACGAAAAAUGUGUCAAAAACGGGAGAAUCUUUGAAAGAUUUUGGGUCUGGUAGUGGUGUUUUGAAAAUUGAGGGCAGCUCUCCUAAACAAGAGUUGAAAUCUGAGAGUGUUGACUUGAAUCUUGAAAGUUCUGACUUGAAAUUGAAGAGUGGUAACCCGAGAACUGAAGAAGAUUUUGAUGAGGACAUUUUUUGUCCAUCGAAGCGCCCCCUUGUGUGCACAGUUGUGCCUGAGCCGGGUGGCCUGUACAGGGUGCAGUUCACCCCUCAGGAGGUGGGCAGUCACCUGUUGGAGGUGAAUGUCGCCGGCGAUAAACUGCCUGCCGGGCCUCUAGUCGCCAAGGUCUACAAUGCGGCUCUCAUCCGGGUCACAGAUGUCGCUAGCGGAGUCGUGGGUCAACCUUGUCAGUUCAGAGUGGACGCAUCUCAGGCUGGUGAAGGUCAACUGGAGAUCUCCAUCAACGAGGGAGACGUGCCUAAUCACGUGACUGUGGUGGGGGGAGGGAGGUGUCUCAUCAGCUUCACCCCCGAGCAGGCAAAACCACAUCUCAUCGACAUCAAGUUUAAUGGGGAAACUGUAAAUGUUUCAGGUUGUCCAUUCGUAUGUUCAGUGUCAGACACUUCUAGGGUGUCUGUAAAUCUGAGCAGUUUGGAACUGAUUCCAGUCAACCAAGUCUCCAGAUUCCAUAUGACGGUUGACAACUCCAGCUCUGCCGAGCUUGCUGUUUCUAUUACUGGUCCGAACAGCGAGCUACCAGUCAAAGUGACAGGCAACGUUCACAGUGGAUUCACAGCUGAGUUCACAGCCCGCGAGGUGGGCGCUCACUCCAUCUCGGUCGAGUACAACGGCCACCCUGUUUCGGGAACACCCUUUAUAGCCAAGGCAUAUGACUCCAGGAGGGUUCAUGUCGGUCCCCUGCCUCAGGGGCAUGUCGGCAACAGUCUACAGUUCACAGUGGACGCAUCUCAAGCAGGCGAAGGCAACCUGGAAAUCACAAUCAGCGCAAGGGGUGCCAACAUUCCCACUCAAGUGCACCCCAAAGGCAACGCCAAGUUUGCAGUCAGUUUUGUCCCCAUAGAACCAACUGAUCACGUCAUCAGUAUUCAUUUCAACAAGGAGGCUGUGCCUGGCUCCCCGUUUAUAGCCAGAGUGGUAGGUGACUUUCCCUUAGUCACAGGCGGCUCCUUGUCUUGUGCCCCCCUAGGCACCAAUUCCUAUUUCACAAUGAGCAAUGUAGCCGGAAGUUUAGACGACAUCGAAGUUAAUGUAGAGGGGCCGAACGGUCAGCCAGUGCCCGCUCAGGUGAAAGAGAGCGGCCAACAGACGUUCAAGGUGGAGUUCUGUCCACGACUUGUCGGCGAACAUAAGAUAGCGGUCAACUACCAGCACGUGGCAGUGGCUGGGUCACCCUUCGCCUGCAAGGUCUACGAUGUCAACGCUAUCAAGGUCAAAGCCACACCUCGUGGAACCGUCGGGCAGGCUGUCACUUUCCUAGUUGAGACCAGCCAAGCAGGUCCCGGCAACCUGGAGGUGACAGUGAAUGGAGGUCGUGUACCCACUUCGGCACAGGCUCAAGGUCAACACACGUAUGCCAUCUCAUUCAUGCCACGACAAGCCUUGCCACAUACCGUCGACCUGCGAUUCAAUGGACAGGAUGUGCCAGGUUCACCGUUCACCUGCACAGUUAGUGACGCAGCGCGUGUUGUGCUAUCCGGCUGCGAAGACAAGGUAUCCGUUGACAAGAUGGCGGUGUUUGUGGUUGAGUGUGAAGCAUCCUUGGGCACGCCACACGUACAGGUGCUCUCUCCCACUCGCACUGCCCUGCCUGUCUCUGUCAAACCACUAGACACCCCGGGACGGUUCAGUUCACAGUUCACUCCAACUGAUGUCGGUGACCACAGCGUAGAGGUGAAACUGGGUGGAGCCCAUGUUGAGGGGAGUCCCUUCCUGGUGAAGGCCUACGACGCUACCAAGGUCAAGGUCACCGAUAUCAACUCUGGCACAGUUGGCAAACCUGUCUACUUUGGAAUAAAUGCAUCACAAGCAGGAGCCGGUAACUUGGAGAUAAUAGUUUCAGUGAACGGAUGUAAUGUUCCCAAUUAUGUGCAAUCUGAAGGAAAUGCCAAGUUCAGGGUUAACUUUAAACCCAGGGAAGCUGCUCCUCAUAACCUUAGCGUCAGGUUCAAUGGAGAGCCCAUACCAGGUUCGCCGUUCACCUGCCGAGUUCUGGAACCUGGCCAGGUAGCCAUCAGUGGCUCAGGCAUAAAGAUGACCGCUGCCGGCAGACCUGCAUACGUGUACGUGGAUUGCGCCGGGGCUACUAUAGACGUGACAGCUACGUCACCAACACAGCGGAGACUGCCUGUCAAGGUCACCCAUCCAGACGCAGGCAACAGGGUGGUGGCUGAGUUCACGCCUCACGAAGUCGGUCGUACAAUGGUAACAGUAGAAGCAGACGGUCAACCAGUCAAAGGCAGUCCUUUCACAUGCAACGUAUACAAUGUUCAGAAUAUCAAGGUCACUGGACUAGGUCCUGCUAAGGUGGGCAAACCAGUAACGUUCAGUGUAGACGCGACCGAGGCUGGUGAAGGAACCCUGGAGCUUGUGAUUAGCACAGACCAGAGUACAGUGAAAGCAGAAGUUGUCGCCUGUUCCCGGGGUCUCUAUGACGUCACGUUUGUGCCUCAUCAGUUGACUCCUCAUUUUGUGUCCAUCUCGUUCAAUGAUGAGGAUCUGCCUGGAAGUCCGCUGCGUUGCGAAGUGAUGGAAUUGCCGGGUAAGAAGUCAACAGCCACCGCCCGAGGUGAAGGUCUCAACCAGGUUGUAUUGGGAGCAGUGGCUUAUUUCGAGAUCAAUCCACAUACUCCCGAACCUGGAUCCAUUGAUGCUCAAGUCAUAGGCCCAGACGGCUCCAUGGUUCCAGUAACCAUAGACAAACUAGAGACGGGCCUGUUCCGUGCCAAAUACCGCCCAGCCUGUGUGGGGACCCAUAGCAUCACAGUGCUUCAGCGCAGGCAGCCAAUCACAAAGCAGCCCUUCGCCGUACAGGUGUUCGAUCCACUACAGGUCAAGCUCACAGAUCUCAGCGAGGCUUUCUGCCAUAGGGCUGCCACUUUCAAGGUUGACACCCGUGGAGCAGGGUCAGGUGCUUUGUCGGUGAAUAUCAGAGCGGCGGGUAGCGAGGUCAAACACACCCUCAGAGAGCUAGAAACCCCCGGGCUCUAUCAAGUCGUCUAUCAUCCACAGGUUGCCAUACCCCACAGGAUACUAAUAAAAUACAAUAACAUGAGCAUAGCUGGCUGUCCAAUGGAAGUACAGGUCACUGACCCCGGUGUGGGCCGAGAUGUCACCGCUACAGGGCUGGGAUUGUAUCAAUCCAGAGCGGGCCGCGUGACGAACUUCGUGAUAGAAACAGCGGGGAAGCCAGCCCAUGAGUUCGACGUGGUGAUAACGGGCCCGGCAGGGAGUGCUGUACCUGUCAGGUGUUAUCAGCAGAAAGACGGAAACCUCAUGGCUGAGUUCUCUCCUGCUCAUACUGGUGUCUAUAAGAUAGAAGUGAUGCACGGAGCUCGUCCGGUGCGGGGUUCCCCCUUCCACUGUCAGGUUUACGACGCAGCCAAGGUCAAGAUCGAAAAUAUGGCCAACAACAGUGUAUCUGUCAACGAGAACAUCUCCUUCAAACUACUAAGGAAGAACGCAGGCUUCGCUGAACUGGAUGUGACCGUGAGGAGUCCCUUGGGUCAGGACUUGCCUCUCCUUGUAAAAAGCUGUGGAGACGAUUCUGACUUGAUAGAGCUUUGUCCCUCCCUGCCUGGCAACUACUGUUUCCAUAUCACAUAUGGCGGGGAUAGUAUACCAGAUUCACCACUGACGUUCACAGUGAUAGAGUCGGGAGUUGCACGUGCAUGGGGCGCGGGCCUGACACGUGGUCUAGCUGAGUCUCCCGCCAAAUUCCACGUGUCCUGCUUCGGAGUUAGCGCGCCCUCGCGGCCGGAAGUGCAAGUUGAUGGUCCUGAAGGAAUGCUGGCCAAAUGCCAGGUAACAAGAGCAGCUUCAACGAAUGAGACAAGUUGUGAUUAUGACGUCACAUAUCUGCCGCCCUGUGUUGGAGUCUACGAUAUCAGUAUAGCGUGUGCUGGCAAGCCUAUUGCUGGUUCUCCGUUCAGAGCAUACGUGGUAGCAGUGGAUAAAGUCCGUAUUACAGGUCCACCUGACUGUAUGAAUGGACGUGUGCCUCUAACCGUUCACCAACCUACCAAAAUUAUAUUCGACAUUUCACAGGCUGGACCAGGUGACCUAGUGGCAGAAUGCAAGGGUCCUCACAACUCGACUCUCCCGGUAGCAGUUGACCUGUUGACCCCAGACAGGGUACAGUUGACCCUGACCCCCCGAGCCGUGGGUCCCCAUCAGCUGCAUGUGAGCUUUGGUGGGUUCCCCCUGGCCGUGUCACCCCUCAAUAGCCUGGCAGAGGGUGGCACCGGGGGGGUGAGAGUCACCCUCACUGGUAAAGGACUAGCAAAUGCUACAUGUAAUCAGCCGACAGAGUUUACUAUUGAUGGAUCACAGGCUGGACCUGGUAUGCCAGAUGUCUCCUUAUCAGGAAUGAAGAACGACAUAAAAGUGGGUCUGCAGCAUUUGGGUGAUAACAUCUACAGAGCCACCUACUGUCCCACCCAGCCUGGGGCAUAUCUGCUCAAUGUUAUGUGGUCUGAUAGGCAGGUGAAAGGUUGCCCUCUCAAGGUGACUGUAACAGCUGUUUGUGACGCAACACGUGUGGUGUGCUCUGGAGAGGGGUUGGGCACGGGCGUGGUGGGCAAGGACAUUCGCAGCUUUAUUGACACCAGGAGAGCCGGACCCGGCGAGCUGAGUGCCCACUGUGUUGGCCCCCACAAGGUGGCCUAUUGCGAGCUGUACGACCACGGAGACGGCACUUUCACAUUGAAUGUUAAACCCCAAGAAGCUGGAAGGCAUACGUUGACUGUCAAAUAUGGAGGAGUGGAUGUGCCAGGUUCGCCGUUUGUUCUGCGCGUGAGUGGCGCGCCGGACGCGAGCAAAGUGCGCGUGUACGGGCCUGGCAUAGAGCAUGGAGUGUUGGCCACUUUCCAGAGCCGGUUCAUUUGUGACACGAGGGGCGCAGGUGCGGGGCAACUCACUGUCAGGGUCAGGGGACCCAAGGGUGCAUUCAGAGUGGAGAUGCAGCGUGAAAGCCAGAAGGACCGAACGAUUCUGUGCAAAUACGACCCGACAGAGCCGGGUGACUACAGGGUCGAGGUCAAGUGGGCUGGCGAAUUUGUGCCCGGCUCCCCAUUUGUUGUCAUGAUAUUUGACACACAGGAGGAACUUUCCAGGUUCCUACAGGGAAGCCAAUCACCAGGCUCUGACCUGUAUGGUAGCGUGGCAUAUUCGACAGGAUAUGCCCACAUCACUCCAUAGGAACCACAAAAUAGCUGCUGCUGCUCAUGAAUAUAUCUAUAUACACACUAACAGUCAGCAGCCACAAUAUUGUGUAUUAUGACGUCACAAAUCACAGAGAUAUAUAUAUAUAUGACGUCACUAAUGUCUUAUCAUAAGGUCAUUGUGUAUUAUGAAGUCACAAAUUCCAGAUUUAUAUGACGUCACUAAUGUAUUAUUGUAAGGUCAUUGAGUAUUAUGACGUCACAAAUUCCGGAUUUGUAUGACGUCACUAAUGUAUUAUUAUAAGGUAAUUGUGUAUUAUGAAGUCACAAAUUCCUGAUUUGUAUGACGUCACUAAUGUUCAAAUAUAAUGUCAUUGUGUAUUAUCAUAGAGAAUCAAUAGCAUAAGUAGAUAUCCCAUGGUAUAGGACAUUUAUGUGGCAACUCUUACUGUUAUCUCAA